AUGUGGACCGGAUAUAAGUUCUUCAUCUUCUUUUAUCUUGCCAAAGAAAUCUGGACAGAGAAGCAGUUUCAAAGACAAGUGGACCUAGCAUCUUAUUCCUCUAGGAAUCAUAGCAUUUUAGAAGGUACUCGAUUCAAAAGGUCCAUUUUCCAAGGGCAAUACUGUAGAAGCUUUGGUUGUUGUGAAGGCAGAAAUGAUAACUGUGUCACUCAAUUCUAUGAGGCAAACGCAUUAUGUUACUGUGAUAAAUUCUGUGAAAGGGAAAAUUCUGAUUGCUGUCCUGAUUACAAGUCCUUUUGCCAUGAAGAGAAAGAAUGGCUUCCUGACACACAGUCUUGGUAUCCAGAAGGUUGCAUCAGAGAUGGUCUACAAUAUGAAGAAGGAUCAGUAAUAAAAGAAAACUGCAAUUCGUGCACAUGCUCAGGACAGCACUGGAAAUGUUCCCAGCAUGUAUGCCUUGUUCUUCCAGAAUUAAUUGAACACAUCAAUAAAGGAGACUAUGGAUGGACAGCACAGAACUACAGCCAAUUCUGGGGAAUGACUUUAGAAGAAGGUUUCAAAUUUCGCCUUGGCACCUUGCCACCCAGCCCCGUGCUUCUGAGCAUGAAUGAAAUGAGAGCUUCUUUACCUGAAACAACUGAUCUUCCAGAGUAUUUUAUUGCUUCUUACAAAUGGCCUGGAUGGACUCAUGGGCCAUUGGAUCAAAAAAAUUGUGCUGCAUCGUGGGCAUUUUCCACUGCAAGUGUGGCAGCUGACCGAAUAGCAAUUCAAUCCAAUGGUCGAUACACAGCCAAUCUAUCUCCUCAGAAUCUGAUCUCUUGCUGUGCCAAGAACCGUCAUGGAUGCAACAGUGGGAGCAUUGAUAGGGCUUGGUGGUACCUGCGAAAACGUGGACUUGUAUCCCAUGCAUGCUAUCCACUUUUCAAGGACCAAAAUGCCAGCAACAAUAGCUGCGCGAUGACAAGUAAGGCUGAUGGGCGGGGAAAACGUCAUGCCACAAGACCAUGCCCCAACAACAUAGAGAAGUCUAACAGGAUCUACCAAUGUUCUCCUCCAUACAGAGUCUCUUCCAAUGAAACUGAGAUAAUGAAAGAAAUCAUGCAAAAUGGACCAGUUCAAGCCAUAAUGCAAGUUCAUGAGGAUUUCUUCCAUUAUAAGUCAGGAAUAUAUAGACAUGUUAUCAGCACAAAUGAAGAAUCAGAAAAAUAUAGAAAACUUCGGACACAUGCAGUCAAACUCACUGGGUGGGGCACGCUGAAAGGAGCACGAGGGCAGAAGGAAAAAUUUUGGAUCGCUGCCAAUUCCUGGGGAAAGUCAUGGGGAGAGAAUGGCUAUUUUAGGAUUCUUCGUGGAGUAAAUGAGUCUGACAUUGAAAAGUUGAUUAUUGCAGCUUGGGGCCAGCUGACAAGUUCAGAUGAACCAUAA